CGUUCGACGACGGAAGCAAUUCGGUAGCAGCAGCGAAAUGGCAAGAAAUCUGGAGAAUAGCCUCAACCAGGCAAAUGGGGAGUACGUGAACUUCGACGAGGACCGAGCACCAUACACCACCCACUACAACGCCCUGCGGGACAAGCUGUACAGCGAGUGGAAGGGAUCUCCAGUUCUGGGCAAGCUGGUCAAGGGAAACACACUGGGCGGUGGCUAUGGCGAUAACCUAAAGGUAUCGAAACCAGAUGAGUUUGACUUGGUGAUUCACCUAACGUUUCCCGAGAACGACAAGAUCAUUGUUAAGGCCGAUCCCCGCAAGCCAGGCAACGUCUUUCUGGACAUGACCAAGGUAAUGGAGAUCAUCGGGAAUCAGGAGCACAACAAGCCAGUCUUCGAGCUCCUCCAAAAGAUCGUGAACGGCAAGAAGCAGUUGCUGGAGGACAAGCUGCAGAGUUGGUUGCAGAGCAUAAUGACCCAGGCGCUCAACAAGAUGGGCAAGCAGAUCGAAGUGGGAGGGGUUGUCUCACAACUAAUUUACAAGAAGUGCGGGCCCGCCCACACGAUUUUUGUCAAGGGUCCCUACGAGUACUCCGUGGACUUUGUGCCGGCCAUUAAGCUUUCGGCUGCCCAGGUCGUUUUGGCGCCGGAGCAGAGGAAAUACUUUGCGGGAACACCUCACUGGGAUGCCAUCCCGAAGCCCAUGAAGCCAGCCCAAAACGAGAACCCAUCCUUCAGGGCCUCCUUUUACGACGCAGAACGCCGGUUGCUCCACGGCAAGAACAACCUGAAGAAUGCCAUUCGUCUGAUGAAGCAGCACCGCAACAUCAAGAACAAGGCCAACCUGAAGAGCUACUACAUCAAGACGCUCUUUCUGUGGGAGGCUGCCCGUCGGGAUGCCAGUUACUGGCAAAAGCCCUUGAAAGAGAUACUAAUAGAGAUGCAAGGCAAGUUGGGCGAAACCCUAGCAUUGACCACGAAAAAGGGUAAGCUGCUCUUCUUCUGGGACCCCAAACUGGACAUGAUCGCCGAUCUGACCGACGCCCAACGGUCGGAUAUGUUCAACUGCGUGAUGAAGACCAAAUACACCUUUGAACGCGGCGAUGGCAAUCUCACCGAAGACAUCCUGAAUAGCGUGUUCUUGGCUUUUAGUACGAAAACUAAAUAUAAUCCCAAAUCAAAACUGUAAUAUAAA